CAAAAAAAAAAAUCGAAGAAGAAGCCUAACUGGGCUAAGCUAGAUAGCUGCUGCAUUGUCCCAUCUGAGCUAAUAUUUCAGCAACCAUGUCUUCAGUUCAGCAUCUCAGAGAGUUUAUCAGAGAGCGACUAACUGCUGCUGCUCAAGAAAUCUUCACAGAGGUUGAAAAAACCAUCAUUUGCUACGAGGAAGAGCUCGAUGCUCAGCGCAGGAUGAUGGGGAUCGACUGGAAACCAGAAAUAAAGCUACACAGAGUCGGUUCGGAGCUACAAAGUUCUGACCUCCAACAACCAAGUGUCUCCAAUGAGGAGGAAAAUUCUCCCAUCCAACAAGUCGGUAGCCUGGCAAGUAGGUCCAGUCAGGACCAGAAAGAAGCAGAACAUCAGUGGACUGAAGAGGAACAGAUGGAACCAGAACCUAAAUGGAUUAAAAAAGAAGAGGAGGAACCAGAACCUACACUGUUCAAACAUGAGGAAAUAGAAUAUCCACUAACAUAUGUAAGAAAAGAGGAGCUAGAUUCUUCAGUGCUUCAACAUGAACAGCAGCCACCAGAACAUUUACCAACUGGACAGGACCAGAAGGACCUCUGCAGCAGUCAGGAGGGAGAGCAGCUUGUCCAGAAGCAGUUUGUUGCUUUGAUUGAGACUUCUACUCUUCAGGGAGAUAUGAGUGAAGAAAAGACAAGAACAGAGCAGCUUUCCCUUCAUAUCUGUCCAGUGGUUGAGAGCAAAGAUCAGGAAGGAAGCAGCUCCUCCGAGUCAGAGAGUCAGUCUGAUACUGGCACAAAGAAAAGACCUUUCAAAUGUGACAUUUGUGGGAGAUGUUACACACAACGGUGGAAGUUGAAAAACCAUUACAAAACCCACACUGGUGAGAGACCUUUUUCAUGUGAAACAUGUGGAAAAAGUUUCUGUCGAAUUAGUGAUUUGAAAGUCCACAAGAAAAUUCAUACAGGCGAGAGGCCUUUUUCAUGCGAAUUAUGCAGAAAAACUUUCUCACGAAAUAGAGAUUUAAAUGACCAUAAGCGAAUUCAUACAGGGGAGAGACCUUUUUCAUGCGAAUCAUGCAAAAAAAGGUUCACACGAAUUAGUGAUUUAAAAGUCCACAAGAGAAUUCAUACAGGUGAGAGACCUUUUUCAUGCGAAUCGUGCGGAAAACGUUUCUCCCGAAUUAGUAGUUUAAAAGUCCACAAGAGAAUCCAUACAGGUGAGAGACCUUUUUCAUGCGAAUCAUGUGGAAAAAGUUUCUCUCAAGUUAGUAAUUUAGAUGUCCACAAGAGAAGUCAUACAAGUGAGAGGCUUUUUUUAUGACAAUCUUGUGAAAAAAGCUUCUCCUGAGGGGAUAGUUUGAGGAGUCACCUGAAAACUGGUCAAAAUGGCCUCUACAGGGUCAGAGGCCAUUUUGAAGCCAAACUUGUGAAAAAGGUUUCUGUGAAAUUCAUCAUUUAGAUGUACUCAGGAGAACCCUCAUGGGUGAUAUGUGUUUUUCACAUGAAACAUUUUUUUUUGGGGGGGGAGUGUCUUUCAUGAUGGUAAACUGAAUUUCCAUAUGAAACAAUGCAUUACAAGUACAUAAGAAUGAUGGAGUUGGAAUUGCCUAGUCCAAUCCAGUUCCUCAGCAUUUAAUGUCCUGCAGGUUUUAUAUUCAUCCAUAUUCCUGGGGGCACUGGCAGGAAUUUUGGGCCCCAUGCAGAGAUUUUGCUAGACUUAUUUGUUGUGUCAUUUCAACCAACAUUAAAAAAAAAAUUGGUCCUGUACUACUUUUACCUGUGAAAUUUUGAUCAUAUUAUCAUCGGCUAUUUAGCUGCAUUUUUAUGCAGUUUAGUUAAUAUUCACCUAGUUGAACCGUAAAUUCAGAUCCCAUCACACAUAAAGCAGAUGAAUGCAUCAAACUUUUUCACCGUAGCGAUACAAACCACUGACUGAGACCCCAAUAACUUAUAACAAAUAAAAUUAAAUCACUCCACUUAAAUUAGCAGCUCUUCCCCCGCUGGGGUCUGAACGCAUAGUGCCUCGCAAAUUCCUCUUGAUCGCAUCUGCAGAGAAAUGCGAUAGUUCAUCGGUCAGUUGGAUCCGUCUGAUCCAAACCAAUCAUUUGAACUCUGCAAGUUUUUUUUACUCUGUGCAAUCCAGACGUGCGCUUUAAUGAGGAUCUCUUUGCGUGGUUUUACUUCCCUGAAACGGACAAAUUGUUACGUCUGCUGCGCUCAUCCUGAGCGCCGCUCUCCUGGUCGCGAGAGGGUACCGUCUUCCAGCUCCAUUUGUUAAAACCGCAGGGUGAGUUAAGUUUAAUUCUUCGCAGUGGUGGAGCUGCGUCCGCAUUGGUUGUGCAGCGCACUGCACAUGUUAAGGUCUAAUUAACUUCUGCAUCUUUAUUUCCUCAAGAUAAACUCUGCGGGCUCCU